AUGGCGGCGGUGGCGGUGCGGAGUCUCCCGCUGCGGCCCUACGGCCGCUUCCUGCUGCCGCGGGCCCGGACCGCGCCCGCCCCGGCCGCCAUGUCGUCCUUCACCGGCCUCUCCCGCGGGGGGAAGGCGGCACUGGGGGCGCUGGGGGUGCUGGCGGCGGGCGGGGGGGGCCUGGCCCUGGCCCUGCGCUCGGCCCUCGAUGCCGGCGAGCUGGAGAUGCACCCCCCCAACUUCCCCUGGAGCCACGGCGGCGCGUUGGCCGCCCUCGACCACAGCAGCCUGCGGCGCGGCUUCCAGGUGUACAAGCAGGUCUGCUCCGCCUGCCACAGCAUGGAGUACCUGGCCUUCCGCAACCUCAUCGGCGUCACCCACACCGAGGCGGAGGCCAAGGCGCUGGCCGAGGAGGUGGAGGUGGUGGACGGCCCGGAUGAGAACGGGGAGAUGUUCAAGCGCCCCGGCAAGAUCUCCGACUACUUCCCCAAGCCCUACCCCAACUCCGAGGCGGCACGAGCGGCUAACAACGGGGCGCUGCCCCCGGACCUCAGCUACAUCGUCAACGCCCGGCACGGGGGCGAGGACUACGUGUUCUCCCUCCUCACCGGCUACUGCGACCCCCCGGCCGGCGUGACGGUGCGGGAGGGGCUGCACUACAACCCCUACUUCCCGGGCCAGGCCAUCGGCAUGGCCCCCCCCAUCUACAACGAGAUCCUGGAAUUCGAUGACGGCACCCCGGCCACCAUGUCGCAGAUCGCCAAGGACGUCUGCACUUUCUUGCGGUGGGCGGCAGAGCCGGAGCACGACCACCGCAAACGGAUGGGCUUGAAGAUGCUGAUGAUCUCGGGGCUCCUCACCUCCCUCCUCUACUACAUGACGCGCCACAGAUGGUCUGUGCUGAAGAGCAGGAAAAUGGUCUACCGGCCCCCCAAAUAGGGGGGGGAACGGGGUGUCCCCCACCCCGACUGCACCGCCUGGGCCACGCACAACUCCUGGGCUGUGGAGGGGCGCAGCCGGUAGCGUGUGUCCCCGCCGCGGCUCCUUAUUUAACAUCAC